UUCUGGACGAGCGAGGGCCUCUACGAGGAGGAGCUGCACGGGGACGGCUUCGCUGGGGGCGGCGGGGACGCGUACGCUGGCCAGGGCAAGGGCUACUGCGCGCCCGCGGCCAUGGGCAGGCCGCCACCGCCCGUCGAACCCAACACCUCUCAGUCCGUCUACCUCGAGGGCAGGUCGCAGCACGGCGGGGAUGCCCCAGCUGGACCGUCUCAGAGUUGCCGACGCACUCGGCGAGGAGCUCGCCACGUCAUCGCCGCCACCUUCAAUGCCAACCUCUCCUGGGCUCGCGUCGAAGAGUUCAUGGAAGAGGAGACCGGCCAGCUCAUCAAGAGCGGCGGCGUCCCCGUCCUAGCGGUGCAGGAGCACGCGAAGCCCGCCGAGUGGUUCCACGUCACUGCGGCGGCGCAAGAGCGACGGGGCUGGCGAGUUGUGGGUGCGCCUGCCGUGCGCACGGCAGAGGGCGGCUACUCCGCAGGAGUGGCGCUGGUCACACCGCGCUGCCUGAGCCUCAGCCUGGCGCCAGGCCAGGCGUCGUGGGACAUCUCCCCCGCGGGCGCCGCAGGCAGGCUGUGCCUGGGCAUGACCGAGGUCAAGGGCAUUGGCUGGGUGGCCUUUUUCUCGGUGUACUUGUUCACGGGCAAGCCCGUCACCUGGGCCUUGAACGCGGCCCUGCUGGACACCAUCGUGCACUGGGUCUGCCAGAUGAGGAUCCCCUGGAUGGCCAUGGGUGACUUCAACAAUGAACCGCACGCCAUCCGCGACAGCCCCUGGAACCAGGAGGCCAAGGGCCAAGUUCUGGCCUGGCAAGGGGAAGGUGGCACAUGCAGGUCCAAGGUGGUAAAGCAGGGCGUGGAGGAGUUCAAGGAUCGGGUCAUUGACUUCUUCUGGAUGGAUGCGAGGCUGGCCGUGAUCUUCUGCCCAGUGAAGUCCUUCGAGAACAUGCCCUACAGGCCGCACAGGCCGACUUGGAUCCGCGCCGACAAGCCCUGGCACGCAUGCCAGAUCCAGGUCCUCAAGGGCCCGAAGCAGUACCCCAUCACUAGGCCACCACCUGUCAGGCAGCCCGAGAUCCCGCAGGGCUACCCCAAGCUCGACCUGCUCCACGGCUCGCAGCAGCACCUGGACCAGUGCUGGAGGGGGUUUUGCUCUGCAGCUGAGGCCGAGCUUCGAUCGCUGUUCGGCUGGGCAGAGUCGGAGGCACGCAGGUAUGAAGGCCGAGGCUUGACUCCCGAGGUGGUGCAGAGACAGCUUCUUCCGAAGCAUGACAGCCCCGUGGCUGAUCGAGGCCCAGCCAGGGCCUGGCGUUGGGCCGCGGGGGAACUGGCCUGGAUUGGCCAACUCGUCUGCUGCGUCUUGCGGGGCCAGUCGGUGCCCAAGGCCAAGUCGGAGGCCCCAGCAGGCCAGGCUACCACCUCGGGAGAAGGGCCUCCUCGAUCCUACAAAGAGGAGGUCACAGGCCAGCUCAGACGGGCCUGGAGGAAGCUGUUCCAGGCGAGGCACCACUGGGACCAGCUGGAGCCCUGGAGCGCGGGGAUACUGCCAGCGCUGCGCACCAUCGCCGACGUGGAGCCCCACAUCAUCGGCGCGCAGGCCAUCUUCGCGCUGCAGCAGUUCGCCAAGGUGCGGGCCCAGACCUGGGAGCAGCACCUCAUGCGGCAGCGCUCCAAGAGGUUCUACGAGCGCCUGAGCGCGAAGUUCCCUGGCUCGGGGGGCUACCUGCACCGCAUCUGCCACUGGAAGCAGGCGUGGAAGGAGCCCAUCUCGUCGGCCAAGAAGCUGAAGCUGCCAGCGGACCCGCAGCUCGCGGUCGCUCAGGAGGCGCAGGAGUGGGCUAGCAUUUGGCGCGCGGGGUCAGGUGACUACACCAAGUUGUGGCAGGACACUCAGGUCCAGGCCCAACGGAUGGCCCACGCGCAGGUGCUGCCCACCAUCGACGCGAUGCAGGUGCGCACCAUAUGCCGCAGCUACAAAUGGAAGACUGGGCUCGGGCUUGACGGCUGGCACUUUGGGCACCUGGCCUGGCUCAGUGACGAGGCCUUGAACAGCCUCGGGGACAUCCUCAUGCUGUGCGAGCGGCUCUGCUCGUGGCCCACGGCCAUACGCAUGCUCAUCCUUUUCCUGGUCGCCAAGGAGGACGGCGGCGGCAGGCCCAUCUUCCUUUUUCCCACGCCAGUGCGCAUCUGGGAGGCUGUUCGUGAUCCCUUGAUUCGGCAGUGGGAGCGGGCCCACGUGAGGCCUUACGACUGGGCAUCACCAGGGCGCAGCAGUGAGCAUGCGGUAUGGAGAGCGAUGUUGGAUGACGAGGCUUUGGAAGGUACCUGUUUCGCGUCCCUCACCGCAUUGAUGGAUUUGGAGAAGGCAUAUGAAUAUGUAGCGCUCAACUUGAUUUGGAUUCUCGGCAUGGUGCAGCAAGCGCCCAUGAGUGUCUUGGCCCUUUCUCUGGAGUCGUACGCUUUCCCUCGGGCGGUACGAAAGGGCCAGGCCGUCGCCGAUGCCAUUUGUACCCACGUGGGGUUGCCCGCUGGGUCGAAGUACGCCAAUCGCUUCCUGAAGAUUGUGCUGUAUCCAAUCCUAGACGUCGUGGCCCGAUGGCCAGGGGCCAAACUGGAGAUCACGAAGUUUGUGGACGACUUAGCCCUGCGGAUGGUGGGCAGGAGCGCACAGUUGAAGGCGAUCUUCCCCGACCUAGCCCGCACCCUCAUACGCCUUUUGGAGUCGCUGCUGCAGCUCAAGGUCUCGAAGGGUGAGGGAGGCAAGUCUAAGUUCGUAUCCAGCGACGGCACCUUGGCACAGGAGCUGGCACAGCCCAUGGCGGACAUCGGCCUGCAGCACGGUGAGAGCGAGCGCUGGUUGGGCGUGGACUACCAACCCCAGGGCCCUCGGAAGAAGGCCACCAGAGCCAGACGGGUCCAGACUGCCCGAGGCCGCUGGCACAAGGCGGCGGCCCUCAAGCGCAGAGGGGUGAGGGUGCGCCCUGUGGUGCAGCAAGGCCUCAAAGCGUCAGUGGCGUAUGGGGCGACCUGCGCUGGCACUCCUCCUGCAGUCCUCAAGUUCGUCAUGGCCAAGACAGCUGCCGUGCGCGCGGGGGCUGGGACAUUUCGUUCGGGCACCUUGGGCUGGGCGAUCGCGCCGAGGACGGACGGCGCCGAGCAGCUCAGGAUCGCCCCUCUUCGGGCAUGGCUGCGCGAGGCCUGGGACCAGCCCGAGAGACGGAAGGAGAUGGCCCACGCGUGGGGGCGUCAGUGGCCCAAGGUGCAGCGUGCCCUCACCUAUGGCCCCGCCAAGUUCGACGCCUGGAAGAUUGUGCGGGGGCCAGCGGCGGCCACCAUUCUGACGGUGCACGAGCUGGGUUGGCACAUGGAGGACGCCUGGACCAUCCUCGACGGCGUCCACGGCAAGUGGGACAUCCGCGAGGUCGCCCCCCUCGAGAUCCUGCGUGCUGCAGAGAGGGCGGUCGCAAAGAAGAAGCUCAUGGACUGGGCGCUAGCUGAUGAGGAGCGCCAGCCGCUCCGACCCACUCCCUUCCUGCUGCCAGUCAAGCAGCUCAUGCGCUCCAAGACCACGGAGACCUGGACGAGGCACCACAUCAACAGUGCCAGGACGGUCACGAGCCCUCUGUGCCCUUUGUGCGGCAAGAAGAAGGGCACGUUGAUGCAUGUGUAUUUUCUUUGUGAUGCAGACGUGUGCGUCACGAUUCGGGAUGGGCUCACGGAGCCGACUCUCAAGAACAGUUUUCGGGACGUGGUGCACUUGGGCGAGACGGCCGCCACGAAGGAGGAGCAGGGCUGCAGAGGCGGCGACACGCUUUUCUGGAAAUGGGCUCGCGGCCUGAUCGCAGACCCCGUGGCCGAGUACCAGGUGCCCACGCCGCCCGACGAGUACCAGUGGGGCGAUCCUGACGGCGAGAUGGUGCUGUCGGGCUGGGUGGCCACGGACGGAUGCGUCCUGUCCCCCGACGUGGAGGAGAUAUCCACGGGAGGCUUCGCCGCCAUCACCUGGAGCGCUGAAAAGAAAUGUGAGAUCCAGUCAUUGUUCGGUGCUGUGCCAGUCGCGAGGCCCACGUCGGCCCACUGUGAGAUUUGGGCUGUGUACCAGGCUGUAAAGCACUCGGUAGGGCUCGUAGGGCUCCUGUUAGAUAGCAAGCAGGUUGUUCAGGGGCUCUUGGCGGGCAAAGAAUUUUGUGUGAAUAGCGAGCAGAUAACCGCGCACCUGUGGAAGCUUGUUUGGGAUGCCCUGGAGGAUCAGUGCCUCAUCCCAGGGGG